CAUCACAUGAAGCAGUUAACUAACGCGCUCUAUACACUACGGGGCAAUACCUCUGUUCCGCUGCUGCAUGCAUUUGCAAUCAUAGAUGCUCGAGUCUCUACAUUCAUAGCGACUAAACCAAGCCAUGUCUAUAUCUCCGUCUCCAUUUCCAUCUCUCGAUUCGACCAUCCCUGAACCAAGCCUUGAACCACUCGAGCCCUCAUCAUCCCUACCGAGCCAGACUUCCACAAUAUCUGCUCAACUCGACGACUUGCUUGUACGCUACCUCACCUUGCUCGAUACAUACACGGCUCUCCGCAGUCACCUCUCAAAGGAGUUCUCAUCUGGCUUUAUCUCCCUUGCACAGGCAAACCGCACCUCGAACCUUGGCCCAGGCAGACGCUAUGGGGAAGAGGGCUACGAUGAGCGCAUGAAGAGCUUAUGGAAUGUUGUGUUAGAGCCGAAACAUCAUGAACACCCAUGCCUCACAGCUUCAGUUGGUACGGAGAAUGAUUCUGGAACAUCAAGGCAGAAGAGAUGUGCCUCGCCCGCAUCGACAAGUAUCCCUCAGAAAUUUGAAGUGCAACCUGAUCACCAGGGAUUGUCCGACCGAUCAACCACCAAGGACCAUGACCAUCCCAAGUCUGGACUUCACACAGCUUAUGACUCACCAUUGAUGCCAUUCUCGCCCCUGAAACCUCAAAGUCUGACUUCAGUAAAGCCCAAACAAUCCAUGUCUCAGAGUACCAUUCACGACGCAACAUGGGUAUCUGAGCACGUGCUGGAAGGUCCGAUUGACGACGACGAAAUAGACUACAGCUGCAUCAUCCGUCCUGCAGCGGCGACAGACAGCGAUGCCACUACAAACAAAGUCACAGAUCCUCUCAAGUGGUAUGGUAUUCUGAUUCCUCCCGCAUUGCGUCAAACCCAGUCCCACUUCACCACAACCGUGACGACCGUUAUUCCGAGACUGCUCGAUGUCACUCGCGCUCUUCAUACUCUGGAAACGCAAAUUCGGCGCUUGCGCGAGGAAAUCCGGACUGCAGGAGAUUUUCCUGAAAGUGGGACAACCGCCGGAGACGGUGGUCAGGAGGAGUGUCCUGAGAUCAGAGACGGCCUCGGGGAACAGAAGACUCUGGCGCAAGACAUGUCGUCCUUGUCAUUGAACGGGUGGGCCGCCAACAGCGGCAACCGGCUCGUGACGACAGAACCAAGGUCGCGGUUGCUAAGGCUCGAGUAAGCGAUGUGCUCGCGUCGAUCUCGGGAUCAAACAAGAUACCCAUCAAUUAUUCCAAGAAGUGGCGCCAUGCAGACCAUGUCACACAUCGCUCAUUCCCCUGCACAUGUCAGACAAUCAUGACAGCGAUUACAGCGUUCCAGAAAGACCCCACCAACCCAUGGGCCAACUUUGCCGUGUGUGGAGAGCAAUGUUACAAGGUAAACAUGUCUUGUUCCUCAAUCAUGUCCAAAGAAAAGUUCUUCUUGC